CAACUGCUCUUUUGUUUCCAAAACAGGUUUUACGAGUGCAUAAAUAAUGUGCACUGCUCUGAGCCCAAAAGUGCGCAGUGGACCCGGCCUGUCUGAUAUGCAUCAGUAUAGCCAAUGGCUGGCCAGCAGACAUGAGGCUAAUUUGCUACCGAUGAAAGAAGAUCUGGCCUUGUGGUUAACCAAUCUAUUAGGGAAGGAGAUUACAGCAGAAACUUUUAUGGAAAAAUUGGAUAAUGGUGCCUUGCUCUGUCAACUUGCAGAAACUGUUCAGGAGAAAUUCAGAGAGGGCAUGGAUGCUAACAAGCCUCCAAAGAAUCUGCCCUUGAAGAAGAUUCCGUGCAAAGCCACUGCACCCUCAGGCUCCUUUUUUGCCAGAGACAAUACAGCAAAUUUCUUAUCCUGGUGCCGAGAUUUAGGGGUAGAUGAAACGUGUCUAUUUGAAUCGGAAGGUUUGGUCCUCCACAAGCAACCCAGAGAAGUCUGUCUCUGUUUGCUGGAGCUUGGCCGGAUUGCAGCCAGGUAUGGUGUGGAACCUCCUGGUUUGAUAAAAUUGGAAAAAGAGAUUGAACAAGAAGAAACACUUUCUGCUCCCUCUCCUUCACCUUCUCCUUCAUCAAAGUCUUCUGGAAAAAAGAGUACGGGGAACUUACUGGAUGAUGCCGUGAAGCGAAUUUCUGAAGAUCCUCCUUGCAAAUGCCCAAACAAAUUCUGUGUAGAGAGGCUCUCUCAAGGAAGAUACCGAGUGGGAGAAAAGAUCCUCUUCAUUAGGAUGCUGCACAACAAACAUGUCAUGGUCCGUGUGGGAGGAGGAUGGGAAACUUUUGCAGGGUAUUUGUUGAAACAUGACCCCUGCCGGAUGCUGCAGAUCUCUCGUGUCGAUGGCAAAACAUCCCCCAUCCAGAGCAAAUCUCCAACCCUUAAGGACAUGAAUCCAGAUAAUUACCUGGUGGUCUCUGCCAAUUAUAAGGCUAAGAAGGAGAUUAAAUGAAACUAGUUGGUCGCUAUAAGGGGACUCUCAUAAUGGCCUGUACCCACUUCUCCAGUGUAGUCAGUUUAGUCCACACGCUCUGAAAAUUACUUUGAAAAAAGGAGUAACAGACAGAAAAAUGUCAUUACUAUUGAAAAACGUUCAGAGAGUAGCACUAUUUAUUUUGUUGCUUCUGUAGAAAACGACCAAUUAAAUUCUAAACUCAGAUUUAAAUUAGAAAAAUUGUAGGCAAAUUAUUAUUUUUCAGUAUGUGAACACAGUAUUUAGUACACGUUAGAAAUACAAUCCUAGCUAGAGAUAAAAACUGCUCUUAGAAGAAAAUAUUUAGGAUUUCUAGAUAAGUCAACAGGAAGUGCCUGCCUUAUGUCUACAAAAAGCACCCCAGACACUUUUAUAAUUGCAGGCUUUUUAAGCCAAAUUUUAAAAAGGUGACAAUUAGUGUGAUAAUACGUACUAAAAAAUCUUCAACCGCACCAUGAUUAAGUGCAGAGCAUUCACAACAGUAAUACUUUACUGGAAAGGCCACUUUAGAAAAGUUUACAUUCGCUUGGAAGAUGCCUUAAAGUUUAUUCCUUAUCUAUGACCAAAUAUCUGGGGUACUUUUGGAAGUUUUCAGUACACCCUUUAGAGGAUCGCUUAUGAAGUAUUUCAUACAUUCCUAAGCAUAUGGCGGUGUUGAGACUGACUUAGUGUAAUUCACACACAUAAGCUGACAUACGUUUAUAUUUUGACAGUAAGUUGUACAGUCAAGUGUUCAUUGACUUCAUGUUAUUUUAAAGCAUUUUCUUAUGAAAAUAUAUCUUUAGUUAAUCCUACUUUGCUAUGCUGUCUAGUAAAGUAAGUACACUGUAGCUGAUGUUGUUACAGACUUAUGUAUACCCUUGUAUACCUAGGACAGGGCUGUUUCGUACCCAUAAGCAGCAAACUAUUGUCCUCACUGAUUCAAGAAUUAAAAAGAUAAAUUUAAAAAAAUUACCUGUCUCUAUAUCGAUGCUUCAUUCCGAAAUAAAGAUUAU